GAUCCUGCCCAGGGAGCUCUGCAUCAGGAAGUCAUGGAGGAGAAUCGUAGGAUCUUGGCUUCUCUAGGUGGUGAUGGACUGGAAAUUAAGAACGAGGGAAACCAUGAUAAAAUCCACACAGUGGAGAAGCCACAUCAGUAUUUGGAGUCUGGAGAGAACUUCAGUCAGAGCUCCCAUUCAGUUUCCCAUGAAGGAAAUCCCAUUGGGAAGGAACCUUAUCAGUGCUUGGAGUAUGUUAAGGGCUUUCAUAUAAGCACAAGCGUCUGUCGACAUCAGAGAAUUCACAGUGGGGCGAAACCAUAUCUGUGCUUGGAAUGUGGGAAGGGCUUUGUCUGGAAGAUAAGUUUGACUUCCCAUCAAAGAAUUCACAGAGGGGAGAAACCAUAUCCGUGUUUGGAGUGUGGGAAGAGGUUCAACCAGAGAGCCCAUCUCACUUCCCAUCAAAAAAUUCAUACAGGGGAGAAACCAUAUGAGUGCCUAGAAUGUGGGAAGAGGUUCAGUCAAAGGGCCCACCUCAGUUCCCAUCGAAGAAUCCAUACAGGGGAGAAACCGUAUCAGUGUUUGGAAUGUGGAAGGGGCUUCAGUCAAAGGGCCCACCUCACUAUCCAUGAAAGAAUCCAUACAGGGGAGAAACCAUAUCAGUGUACGGAAUGUGGGAAGAGCUUCCGUAAGAGUUCCGUUCUCACUAACCAUCAAAGAAUCCAUACGGGGGAGAAACCAUAUCAUUGUUUGGAAUGUGGGAAUAGGUUCAAUGAGAAAACUAACCUAAUUUCCCAUCAAAGAAUCCAUACAGGGGAGAAACCAUAUCAGUGCCUGGAAUGUGGGAAGAGCUUCCGUAAGAGUACUUUUCUCACUUCCCAUCAAAGAAUCCAUACGGGGGAGAAACCGUAUCAGUGUUCACAAUGCGGGAAGAAUUUCAGUCAGAAGGCCCACCUCACUUCACAUUGGAGAACUCAUACAGGUGAGAAGCCCUAUCAGUGCUUGGAAUAUGGGAAGAGCUUCAGUCACAGCAUCUCUCUCACUUCCCACAAAGAAUUCAUACAAGGGAGGAACUAUAACUCCUUGGAAUGUGGAAAUACCUUUGAAGGAUCAAGCCCCAUCAAAGAAGUCACAGCGGGGAGAAUCAUAGGAUCAUGGAAUCAUAGAGUUGGAAGGGAUUCUGAUGGUUAUCUAGCUGAACCCUCUGCAAAGCAGGAUUCUCAACUAGAUGACAAGGACCCAUUAUGCCAAAGCAAGACUCUUAACUUCACAUACACGCUCCUGGAAUCUGGAAUGGAAGAGAUGGACCAGGAGCCAGACCUUGGGGGUCAUAGCAGGCAGCUCCAUGAAGACGUAGACCCAGAAAAGGAUCUGUUGGCAGGAACGGGUGCAGAUUCCUCUGAGGCAGAGAGGACUUUGUUGGACACCAGAGAGAGGCCGCUGGGUGAAAGAAGGAUGCCGGCAAGACCUCCUCACCCAUCUCUUCAUCCUGGUGGAGGGGAAGCCGUGGCUGAGGAACCGGAUCAGGCUUCUGUUUCUUUUGAAGAUGUCGCUGUCCGUUUCACGGCUGAGGAGUGGGCGUUGCUGGAUCCUGCCCAGAGAGCUCUGCAUCAGGAAGUCAUGGAGGAGACUUGUAGGACCAUGAUCUCUCUGGGUGGUGAUGAAUUAGAAAUUAAGAACAAGGGACAACACAACAAAAUCCACACAGUGGAGAAGCCAUAUCAAUAUUUGGAGUGUGGGGAGAACUUAAGUCAGAGCUCCUAUGCCACUUCCCAUCAAAUAAAUCCUAUUGGGAAGAAACCCUAUCAGUGUUUGGAAUGUGGAAAGCGCUUCAGUGACAGCAGCAAUCUCGCUUCCCAUCAAAGAAUUCAUACAGGGGAGAAACCAUUUCAUUGCUUGGAAUGUGGAAAGAGCUUCAAUCACAGCUCACAUCUCAAAGCCCAUAAAAGAAUUCAUACUGGGGAGAAACCAUAUCAGUGCUUGGAAUGUGGAAAGAGCUUCAGUCAGAGCAGCCCUCUUACUUCACAUCUAAGAAUUCAUACAGGGGAGAAACCAUAUCAAUGUUUGGAGUGUGGAAAGAGCUUCAGUCGGAAGAAUAGUCUUACUUCCCAUCAAAGAAUUCAUACAGGGGAGAAACCAUAUCAGUGCUUGGAUUGUGAGAAGUGCUUUACUACAAGAAGUGACUUUCAUCAACAUAAGAGAAUUCACAGUGGGGAGAAACCAUAUCAGUGCUUGGAAUGUGGGAAGAGCUUCAGUCAGAGGGCCAAUCUCACAUCCCAUCAAAGAAUUCACAGUGGGGAGAAACCAUAUCAGUGCUUGGAAUGUGGAAAGAGCUUCAGUCGCAGCUCUUAUCUCACUUCCCAUCGAAUAAGUCAUACAUGGGAGAAACCAUAUCAGUGCUUGGAAUGUGGAAAGUUCUUCACUACAAGCAGAUACUUCCGUCUACAUCAGAGGAUUCACAGCGGAGAGAAACCAUAUCAGUGCUUGGAAUGUGGGAAGUUCUUCACUACAAGCAGAUACUUCCAUCGACAUCAGAGUAUUCACAGCGGAGAGAAACCAUAUCAGUGUGUGGAAUGUGGAAAGAGCUUUUCCAGGAAGGACAGUCUUACUUCCCAUCAAAGAAUUCAUACAGGGGAGAAGCCGUAUCAGUGCUUGGAAUGCACAAAGUGCUUUGCUGCAAGAAAAGAGUUAUGGCGACAUAAGAGAAUUCACACUGGGGAGAAACCAUUUCAAUGCCAAGAGUGCGGAAAGAGAUUCACCUUGAAGCAAACACUCACUUCCCACCAAAGAAUUCAUACGGCGGAGAAACCUGAAUAGGACUUGGAAUAUGGAACGAGCUUCAGCUGAAAGGAAAUCUCACUUCCCAUGAAAGAACUCACAGUGGGGAAAAUCCUGGAAUUAAUAGAUUUGGGAGGGAUCUUGAGUGUCAUCUAGUGUAACCAAUGCAAUGCAUCUUGAUGUUUAGUCAGAAUCUCCUUUCUUAUUAUGUUCUUGUGGGGUUACAUGGUUCUUCACCUCCUCUUCAAUUAUGAGAAUAACUCUGUUACAUUAGGCUCCCCAAGAUCACUCAGUGAGCUUCAUGGCCAAGUAGGGAUUUGAAC